GCAACCUUUCCCCGGGCCAGUUUCCACAGAAAGUCUCACGAUUGACCAUGUCGUUCACCGUCAGCGUUGCCCUACUGAGCGGCCACUUGGCGAACGUGGAGGUGUUGCCUUCGCAGUCUGUCGAGGAACUCAAGCGCGCUGCAGCACAGGUCCUUGGCCGGCCGCUGACUGCGUUGGCUUUCCAAGGGCGCCGGCUUUUAAGAGGAGACACCUUGAAGGACCUUGGUCUGCAAGAUGGUGGAGUGGUCAGCGCCGUUGUGAGGCAGCCAGGCUCGGUGCUGUGCGGGCACCGCCGCUCCGGCGCCUUCGCCGCGCUGAAGAAGGACGGCCUCGUGGCCACCUGGGGCCACCCGGACUGCGGGGGCGACAGCCGCAACGUCCAGGAGAAGCUCGUCAAUGUGAGUCAGCUGUACGCAUCUAGCUGCGCCUUUGCUGCCAUCAAUGAGGAGGGCGAAGUGAUUGCCUGGGGAGAUCCGGCCUAUGGCGGCGACUGCCAGUCUGUUGCAAGCGAACUGACGGGGCAUGUGCAGCACAUCCACGCCUCUCAACGUGCCUUCGCCGCAGUCAGGACGGACGGGCGCGUGGUGGCCUGGGGCUCCGGCCUCUGCGGCGGGGACUGCAGCGCCGUGCAGGCGCAGCUCUACCAGGUCAAGAGCUUGGUAGCCACGCACCGGGCCUUUGCAGCACUGCGCUAUGACGGAGCAGUCAUCACCUGGGGCCAUGCUCAGUGCGGCGGCGACAGCACCGCAGUAAAGAGCCAGCUCGUUGAUGUGCAGGAGGUCUAUGCCACUGAGACGGCCUUUGCUGCUUUGAGGAGCGAUGGCAAAGUGGUUGCCUGGGGCGAUGUGCUGUGCGGCGGGGAGGUUGGCAGCGCGCGCGACCGGCUUGACAAUGUGUCUGCCAUCUAUACGUCCAACAAAGCCUUUGCCGCUGUCAAGUACGAUGGCACUGUGGUGACGUGGGGCAAGGCCAUCUCCGGUGGGGACUGCAGCGCUGUUCAGGACAAGCUGGUGGAUGUGCAGCACAUCUACUGCGGCCAUGCUAUGGCCGCCUUGCGCGGUGAUGGCUCCGUGGUGACCUGGGGCCACAGCCAGUUCGGGGGCGACAGUCGGGACGUGCAGGACCAGCUCUUGGACGUCCAGCAGAUUUUCGCCACCGACGCGGCCUUUGCGGCGUUGAAGACCGACGGCUCGGUGGUCAGCUGGGGCCAUGGGGAGUAUGGUGGGGACAGCAGCAAGAUCCAGGACCAGCUCACAGCCAUCCAGAGCAUCCAGGCAACCUCCGCAGCCUUCGCAGCCUUGCGGCAAGAUGGCACGGUGCUCACCUGGGGUUUGGCCCACAAAGGUGGCGACAGCUCUUCCGUGCAGGACCAGCUGCAGAACGUGGAAGAGAUCGCCAGCUCCUACGGAGCUUUCGCUGCUCUCCGGAGCGAUGGCGUGGUCGUCACCUGGGGCGACGCCAACUAUGGUGGUGACAGCGCACCGGUGCAACCGUUGGUCGUGGAGAAGUUCUGAAGGGGGUGCGCCUUUGGGCUUUGGAGAACCUGAUGAGGCCACUUUGUUCCCAGAUGUUUCCGCACUUGUCCCUAAAAUCGCUUAGCAUUUUCACAAUGUGUGAACAGUCUUGGCAAGUCUCAUAGGGCCUCCUCUUUGGGGA